UCUUCACUCCUACAACCCCCCUCUCAAGGCUCAUUUAAAAAAAAAAUGCCUAGAAACCCUUCAAUUUCUGAAGGAAAAAUGGCUCUUAGUGUGUUAUUUUUAGUGGGUUUUUUCUCCAUGGUCUCAUCUGUUAAUGGGUAUUAUGGGGGGUGGAUUAAUGCUCAUGCCACUUUCUAUGGUGGAGGUGAUGCUUCUGGGACAAUGGGUGGGGCUUGUGGUUAUGGUAACCUGUACAGUCAGGGGUAUGGGACUAACACUGCAGCAUUGAGCACAGCACUGUUUGACAAUGGCUUGAGCUGUGGUGCUUGUUUUGAGAUUAGGUGUGUGAAUGAUCCACAGUGGUGCCUUCCUGGUGCCAUUGUGGUCACAGCCACCAACUUCUGCCCACCAGGAGGGUGGUGUGACCCUCCCAACCACCACUUUGAUCUCUCUCAGCCUGUCUUCCUACACAUUGCUCAAUACAGAGCUGGGAUUGUCCCUGUGGCAUACAGAAGGGUACCCUGCAGAAGAAGGGGAGGUAUAAGGUUCACUGUGAAUGGUCACUCCUACUUCAACCUAGUCCUCAUCACUAAUGUGGGUGGUGCUGGUGAUGUCCAUGCUGUGUACAUCAAGGGCUCAAGAACCAGAUGGCAGCCAAUGUCAAGGAAUUGGGGGCAAAAUUGGCAGAGCAACACUUACCUUAAUGGGCAAACCCUAUCCUUUAAAGUCACUACAAGUGAUGGCCGUAGUAUGGUGUCUUACAAUGUUGCCCCUGCUGGAUGGUCCUUUGGCCAGACUUUUUCUGGAGGCCAGUUUCGUUAGGGUACCAUUUCUCUGCUAAAUUUAGCAAGUUGUAUGGUAUAGACUAUAUAGUAUAUAAUUAAAACUAGAAUUGGGUAAUUUAGUUAAAGAAGACUAUGUUAUGUGUCCAAAUGAAAAGGGAAUAUUUUCAAUGGCUCUUUUUUCAUAUUCAUUAUGUGUAGAGAGAGACAGAGAGAGAGAGAGAGAGAGAGAGUUGUGUUUAAAUGUUGCAGUGGUUGAACUUUUCUUAUGCUGCCAUUAGCACAUUGUGUGUAUUUUCCCUUACUUGUGUGAGGUUUGUGUGAUCAGCUUAAGCUGAAUUUCAUGUGACCAGUGUUGUAAUGAGGCGGUGUUAUGAAUUAUAAUGUAAAAGGUACUAUUUAAGCUUGUUUGGUCAAUUGUGCUGUAAUGAAAUGGACAUCUUACCUAUUGUUGUUUAA